GUGUACAGUAGCAUGGCAGACUGCAGUAAAUACACAGUUGAAGAGGCGGGGUUUGACAUCUCGGCUCUGAAAACAUCUCUAAUCCAGUAUUUCAGGUGCCGAGCGGCUAGUGCUCACUACCGCCGCGCAUCCGCGACCUGCUGCAGAACCGCACGCCCCUACCACUAACACGGAAUAUAUCGCAAGUGGACGGAGACUGUCUGCUGUGUCCGAAGUGGGAUUUCCGAAAGAGAGAGAAAAAGAAGCCGGACAAAAGACUGGGAGAGAGAGAGAGAGAGAGUGAAGUUUCAGCGGCGUGAAGACAACACUUUGUUUUUUAGUGUUUGAGUUUCCAGCGUCUGCCUCUGCCCUGAAGUAGAUUUUAAACCAGCGACUCUUACGGCUUCACCCGAAACUCGACUAAAAUACUUCACUUGUUCUCACUGGAGGAUAUUACCGCACCUUUUGGUUUAUCUUUCUCCCUUAGCCCAGCCGUGUUUGCUGUCCAGCCUGGAUAAAAGUUUACUGUAGACGAGCCUCUGCGAAGGACGGUUGACUGCAGCUGGAUAUCUUCAGUAGCAUCAGGACCAUGUGGCAGCAUUUGCUUGCAGGGGUCCAUGAGCCCUUCUGAAGCUCCUGUGAAGCUUUGAGCAGAACCAUCAAAACUACAAGAUGACCGAGGCAUGUUCCCUCGAAGUCAAAACGCAUCUUAUCACAAGUAUCAGACCGCUGAUCAUCAAAGGCUUCCCAAAACAAAGACUUGGAUUGUAAUUUUUUUGUAUUGACUUCUAAUUUUUUGUAUUUUUUUUGGGGGGGAAACCCUUUUAUUUUAAUAAGCAGACAAAGUAAAAGGACCUUCUACAUGAGCUGCAGAAAUGGACUAGAAGCCCAUGUGUAGCAGGGCAGCUGCUGCAGCUCGUGGAAUAACUUAGCCCCAGACUGUUUGGGAGUCACUCGUCCAGGGGCAGAGGGAUCUGAUCCCAGCACCGACCGCCCUCCCCUGCCGUCGUCUGACUAUCCCACCUGUCUAAAGGCAGACCCCACUAUCCAAUGGCAUGGGUCAAGUUCUUCAGGAAGCCGGGGGGCAAUCUGGGGAAGUCCUACCAGCCAGGGAGCAUGCUGUCUCUGGCCCCCACCAAAGGACUGCUGAACGAGCCGGGCCAAAACAGCUGCUUCCUCAACAGUGCGGUACAGGUACUUUGGCAGCUGGACAUCUUCAGACGCAGCUUGAGGCAGCUACCUGGACACUUCUGUCUGGGAGAAUCAUGCAUCUUUUGUGCAUUAAAGGGUAUUUUCUCCCAGUUCCAGCACAGUCGGGAGCGUGCCCUGCCCUCUGACAACCUGCGUCACGCCUUGGCAGAGACCUUUAAGGACGAGCAGCGCUUCCAGCUGGGCUUCAUGGACGAUGCCGCAGAGUGCUUUGAGAACAUACUGGAGAGGAUCCACCUGCACAUUGUGCCGGAAGAGACAGAUGCCUGCACUUCAAAGUCUUGCAUCACGCAUCAGAAGUUUGCUAUGUCACUUUAUGAGCAGUCUGUGUGCCGUAGCUGUGGGGCAUCCUCCGACCCACUGCCGUUUACCGAGCUAGUGCAUUAUGUCUCCACCACCGCACUCUGUCAACAGACGCUUCAGCACAGAGACGAGUCAUUUGGGGAACUGUUACAAGCAGCAAGUACAAUAGGAGACCUUCGUAACUGUCCAAGCAACUGUGGCCAGAGGAUUAGGAUCAGACGAGUCCUCAUGAACUCCCCAGAGAUUGUUACCAUAGGCUUCGUCUGGGACUCUGACCAGUCAGAUCUCACAGAGGAUGUCAUCCGAUCACUGGGGCCUCAUCUCAGUCUUUCUGCACUCUUCUACAGGGUGACAGAUGAGCAUGCCAAAAAAGGAGAGCUGCAGCUCGUGGGGAUGAUCUGCUACUCCAGCCGCCACUAUUGUGCCUUCGCCUUCCACACCAAGUCUUCCAAAUGGGUCUUCUUUGAUGAUGCCACAGUGAAAGAGAUCGGCUCCAGGUGGAAAGAUGUGGUCAGCAAAUGUAUCAAAGGUCACUUCCAGCCUCUCCUCCUCUUUUACUCCAACCCCGACGGGAGUGCUAUCACCGCAGAUGAUGCCUCAAAACAAAACAGCAGCCAGUCUCACUAUAAGACCCCUGUCAUUGGAGAAGUGCAAGGCAUUGAGUCUCCAGUUUUAGCUCCCAAGAAGCUGGACCUCACCAAGGAGAAUCUGAACGCUCUGUUGGGUCAAGGCACUUUCAAACAGAAGACAAUGUCAGCCUUCAGCAGGGGCAGUGGUCAGACCAGCGGAGGACGGGGACAAGUGAAAAUUAGCACCAGCGAUCCCAAGAGCCGCCUCAGGGACAUUUCUCGAGAAGUUGCCCAGAAAGCAGCAGAGGUGCGUGGGAUGCAUCCUACCAGAAGAGAGCCCGAUAGGAGUGCUCAACGAAGGCAGGAGUCACGCUACAGAGAUCCAGGUCAGGACAGGACCUACUCUCGCUCUGUCUCCCCUCCAGAGAAUGGCUUCAAACAACACCUGGAAACCCGACUGUACAGCAGCCAAGGAAAAGGUCCCAUUCGGACUGAGAGAACGGCACACCUUGGUGGACGGUCCUCCCAUGAGCCCCCCCGCUCUCAAGCGAGGGUCCAAGUGUUGCCCACCAUUCCCACUAACAGUAGUGGUCAACACAGCCGGAGAUUAGACCAGCUGUCCAACGGAUACGACACCGACAGCAGCCAAGACUCCCGAGAGCGUCCUGGAAGUGGAGGGAACAGCCGCAGCAGGUACAGCCGCCCCUGGAAGCCCACGCGUGAGGCGCUAAAUGUAGACAGUGUGUUAAGUGGCAGUAGUGGUGGUAAUUUGGCGAGUCAAGAGCGAAGGCAGCACAGCCCCCGGAGAAGACCCAGUAGUCAGUCGCCCACCCGUGACCGAGAGCGAGACAGAGAUUUUACGUGGGGAGGCAGAGAAGAACGCAAACCUAAGAGCCUAAUGACCAUCUAUGAGGAUGAACAACGGCACGAAACAGCCGGCAGCCGAAGCUCGCUGGACUCAGAUAGCCGGGGCGGCUACAGUGACAAGGACAGGUCGAAGGGCUCAGCAACUCUAAAAGUGCGGAAUGACAACUGGAAGAUCCAGCGAACUGAAUCUGGUUAUGAAAGUAGUGACAGACUCAGCAAUGGCUCAGCAAAUCUGGACUCACCUGUGGUAGAGAGCCUUUCUUCAAAGGACCUGCGGCCCAUACCUGAGCUGCAUCUGACAAGGGAUCACUUCCCUCAGAGAAGAAGUGAUGAUUUGAAGGCUGACAUAUUGCAUAUUUCCACUGAUGAACAAGGAAGAAAAUCUCCAGAUCUAGAAGACACAAACAUCCUCUCCGGUCAGCCAAUACAAAGAGGGAGAGCCUUCCGGUACACUCCUGGGAUCUUGGUGAAGAACAAUGGUCUGGACAGCGAACAAGAGGAAAAUGUGGAUGGCAGCCCCGUGAGCCCUGUGCCUCCUUACUUAGCAAAGACCAGCAGCUCUGAGUGGAACAGCUCAGACGACCUUACCGGACCUUUCUCUGAACAAGAAGAGACUGGCACCGUUGCCCACAAUGACCCUUUCUCGCACAACUAUCCCCCACCUUUACCCCCCAAGACCUUUGGCACCAGUCACGCUGACCCAUCUGGCGUCCACUCACAACCGCCGGAGGUGCCAAAGCGGUCGAGCCCCUGCAAUGAACCUAAAAAUGGCCUGUCCCUCCUCUCGCACACCACCCUCCGUCGGUGGAUUGAGACACCUGCCGAGCACAGGCUUUCAUCGGAUGCCAGCUCCAAGUCGGGGUCAUCGGACCAGGACAGGAACGAUCUGUCGGCCAGCGAGAGCGACGAGAGGUUACCCAGUCCAAAGCCCAGACACGAUGACGGUACAGACUCCCCUGGCUUGACAGAUAUGGUUUUUCCCACCACAUACUUUUCUGUGGAUAACUGUAUGACAGACACUUACCGGGCCAAAUACCAUAAGAGGCCUGGCUUGUACAGGAAAGCAGAGGACCAUACGUCAUCAGGGGAGAGUGAUGUCGAAGGGAGGGGGCUCCCUUUGCCAGAUGUUCAGCCACCAGAGUCUUCCAAAAGCAGAUCAGAAUCAGGAUAUUCUACAACUAAGACGACUGCAAAGUGGAACCCAGUUACUCCAAAGGGACUUGAUGAGCAUGGUUUCCUAUGAAAAAGCAUCAAUGAACCUUGUAUGAUCCAGUGAUUGGAUGCCAAAAGUAAUUCUUAUGUACUACGACUGCUACACAGUUUGACUCCUUCUAACUGGGAUGUGAAUUGAUAUACUUGUCAUAACCGAAAGUUGGACAUGAAACUGGAUGCCAAAGAGAUUGUAAAAAAAAAAAAAAAAAA